ACAAGGAAUUUGCUCCGGAUUGCUAUAUACAACAUCAGCUACAUCAGAGGCCUAUUCCCUGAGAAGUACUUCAAUGAUAAGUCUGUUCCGGCACUAGAGAUGAAGAUUAAGAAGCUGAUGCCCAUGGAUGCUGAAUCCAGGAGGUUGAUUGAUUGGAUGGAGAAAGGUGUCUAUGAUGCCUUACAAAAGAAAUAUCUCAAGACCCUUCUCUUCUGUAUAUGUGAGAAGGAGGAAGGCCCAAUGAUUGAAGAGUAUGCCUUCUCAUUUAGCUACCCCAACACAAACGGGGAGGAAGUUGCAAUGAACAUGAGUCGCACAGGGAGCAAAAAGAAUAGUGCCACAUUCAAGUCAAAUGCAGCAGAAGUCACUCCUGAUCAGAUGAGGAGCUCUGCUUGUAAGAUGAUCAGAACGCUAGUUUCACUUAUGAGGACCUUGGACCAAAUGCCAGAGGAGCGAACCAUUCUAAUGAAGCUGCUAUACUAUGAUGAUGCUACACCUGAGGAUUACGAGCCUCCCUUCUUUAAGGGUUGUGCUGAGAAUGAGGCCGUAAAUAUAUGGAACAAGAACCCCUUGAAGAUGGAAGUGGGUAAUGUCAAUAGCAAGCAUCUUGUAUUAGCUUUGAAGGUUAAGAGUGUCCUUGAUCCAUGUGAUGCUAAUGAUGCUAACAGUGAUGAUGACAAGAUGAGCGUGGGUCAUGAGUCAGACCAAGAUGACUUUACGGACACCGAGGUUCACCCAUCUGAAGUGGAUCGUUACGUCAUUGCUCCUAAUGAUGGUAAUGGCAAAGGUCAAAGUGGUACAAACUCAGAUGAUGAAACUCAAGAUGCUGCUCAUGAGGAAGAGCUAACAGCUCAAGUAAGAGCAUGGAUAUGCUCAAGAAACAUGGGUACUGUUAAUGCUUCAGAUGUCCUUUCCAACUACCCUGACAUAUCAUUGGAAAUGGUGGAAGAUAUUUUGGAGAGGCUACUUAAAGAUGGUUUACUUUCGAGGGCAGGCAAGGAUGGUUAUGCUGUUAACAAGAUUACUGAUCCCAAAACACCCUACAUAAAGGAAGAGGUUGCCAUGCACAAUGUUUCACCUACUGAAGGAACCAAGAACAACAGUGGAGAUCUGAUGUAUAUGAAGGCAUUGUACCACGCACUUCCAAUGGAUUAUGUGACUAUAGCUAAGCUUCAGGGCAAGCUUGAUGGCGAAGCCAACCAGAGCACAGUCCGAAAGUUGAUGGACAAAAUGGUGCAAGAUGGAUACAUUAAGAAUUCAGGCAACAGAAGAUUAGGCAAAGCUGUCAUUCACUCUGAAGUCACCAACAGAAAGCUCAUUGAGAUAAAGAAGAUACUGGAAGUUGAUAUCACUGAAGACAUGGCAAUUGAUACCAACGCAAGGCCUGCUGAGUUUGAUCGCAGAGAUCACCAAACGGCUGACCAGGAAAUGAAAGAUGGCUCGACAAACGGCCGCUUCCAGUCAGUUGGAUCCGAUCUUACCCGCACACGGGAGCUACCGGAGCAGCAGCAGACUAACAAGGACCCAAGCAGGACUCCCACAAGCAAUCGCGAGUCGGCCACGUCCCUGGAGAGUGGGGUGCUCGGGCAGAGGAUCAGGAAGUCUCUGGCUGGCAAAGAGUCGAUGUGCACGCCGGACAAGCGGACCAGGAAGGCCAGCAUGGUGAAGGAGCCGAUCCUCCAGCAGGUCAAGCGCCAGAAGUCCUAGUUCAGUGAGGCGGCACGGAAUCGCAAGGAGCCUCAGCGCAACUAACCCCACGUAGGUCAGGCGAAGAAGCAGAAUACCCCUAGUUCAGUACUACUUCAGUUCGUUCAGGUGCUUGAAACUUGUGAAGAUAGCGACAGAGCACCCCUUCCGGCAGAUGUAGAUCCUUGUCCCUAGCCCUAUCCUUGGUAGCAAAACGUAAACGAGAGAGACUUGUGCCCCCCCUGAGACGUGUUGUUUAUGAUGUUUGUUUCACUGGAGACUGCACCGAGGCCACUUUUGCCUGAAUGCUGAAACGUAGCAAUGUUGGUUGCUUCACGCCAUGGUUUGAAUGAUGUAUCUAUUUGAAUCCGUACUGAGCAGCGAUGAUCGGCGCAAGCUUUUUUCUUCU